UUGUGAUUAUAGUCUUUAUUAUUGUUCGACCGACGACCACAAUUAUCUGUGUACCACUACCACGUGAUUACGUUACGUAUUUUUGUAAACUUACAACUUCAUAAAAAAUGCCUGUGAACUAUAAUAAAAAAAAGUUGGGUAAAAAGAUGAAGAAGACGCCUAACGUUACGUGUCCACUCAUAAAAGAUCAUUGGAAUGACAAAGUAUCAGUUGCUAAGAACUUAAGUAACUUUGGAUUAACUAAUAAUCCUAGCAAAUCCAUUUUAACUGGUUUCACCAAUACUCAACCACAAGUUCAAGGUGAAAAAAUUAAAGAACAAAAUAAAAAGCCUAAAAGAGAGCCAAAGCAACCACAAGUUGUUAAAAUGUUGGAAGAGGAAGCUAAUAAACCUACAGGAAUAAAGCAGAUAACAUUGCCUCCUGGCACAAUUAAGUUCAUCACUGGUCUUAUGGAGAAAUAUGGAGAUAAUUAUAAGGAGAUGACAAAGGAUCCAAAAAAUGUUUACCAAAUGACAUGGAAACAAAUACGAGCAAAAAUUUUAACAUUUAAAAGCAUAAAGGCUUAUGAGCAUUUAAUGCCUAAGCCAAUAGCUGAUUUAUAAUUUAAUUUUUAGUUGUCUAUAAUCUUAACUUAAUUAAAUAAAACAAUUUAUUUGGAAUA